GCCGGCGGACGGAGACCUGGUCCCCCGAUCUGCCAUGGCGGCGGCGGCUGGAGAGAAUGUGACUUGUCAGAGGACGGGCGGACGCAGCUGCACAGCCAGGAGCUCCGCGGAAUUCAGGCCCCCAGGGCUGGUUCUAGCCUGUCUGAUGUGGGGUGCAGCAAAAAUGGCAGGGGGGCGGGGCAGAGGACAGGGGUCACUGCUGGCGGGGCAGAGGACAGGGGUCACUGCUGGGGGAACAGAGGACAGGGGUCACUGCUGGCAGGGCAGAGGACAGGGUCACUGCUGGCUGGGCAGAGGACAGGGGUCACUGAUGGCAGGGCAGAGGACAGGGGUCACUGCUGGCGGGGCAGAGGGGCACAGGGGUCACUGCUGGCGGGGUGGUCAGAGGACAGGACAGGGGUCACUGCUGGCGGGGCAGAGGACAGGGUCACUGCUGGCGGGGCAGAGGACAGGGGUCACUGCUGGCGGGGCAGAGGACAGGGGUCACUGCUGGCGGGGCAGAGGACAGUGGUCACUGCUGGCGGGGCAGAGGACAGGGGUCACUGCUGGCAGGGGCAGAGGACAGGGGUCACUGAUGGCAGGGCAGAGG